GUCAUUGAUUCUGAUAAGGUUACAUUUUACGUUCGGUUAUUAAUGCAUAAAACAAAAGUAUAGAAUUCGUAUUUAAUUAAAUAAAAUAAGAGUAUAUAUUUAUAAAACAUAACAUCAGACUUGAUAUAAUUAUGCGUAUGAAGCAUUUGUUACCACACAAAACGAUAUCCUAUACAGAACACCAUAAUGGGAAAUUGUUUAAAGAUUAAUAGCUCGGAUAAUAUAUCGCUGUUACGUGGUGGCAGCAGUGACAGUAAUAACUCGCAAGAUUAUGUAGGCGAACAACGUAAUGAUCCUUUCAUAUAUUCGGAAUUGGCUCAACCGAGUUUCUUUCCAACACCUUCAGUUAGCCGUCCAGCGUCACAUUUGUCUGAAGAGGAACAAGUAAAAAUUGCUAAACGAAUGGGACUAAUACAGCACCUACCAAUUGGUACUUAUGGUGGCCUAAAGAAAUCCAAGAAAUCCCGGGAAUGUGUUAUUUGCAUGAUGGAUUUUUGUGUUGAAGAACCAGUACGCUAUUUACCAUGUAUGCAUAUAUAUCACGUACGCUGCAUUGAUGAUUGGUUAAUGCGUAGUCUAACAUGUCCUAGCUGCAUGGAACCAGUAGAUGCAGCUCUUUUGAAUAGUUAUGAAACGUAACAUAUUAGCAAAUAAUUCCAAAAGUUGAAUUAAUUACUUUGUAAAAUAACUUUGAAUAAAUUCCUUAUGCAAAGCCAGUUACUAAUUUAAA